AGUACUCGAGUUUUCUUCAUCUCUUUAUUUUUCUUUCUCUCUCUUUCAUCCUUGUCCAUGGCUUCUUCGUUCUCUGUGUGAUCGUUUUGGUUUUUUUUUUAGAACCCUAAUUCGGCCGCGACGAUCUCUCGUUUUACACAGAUUCUAGUAAUCUAGACAGUGUAGAUCGUUUGUAGAAGCUUUUUCACUUGGUCACAUUCUUGCUCCUUCUCCUUCUUCUGUUUUCGUUGUUCGGCGGAAACCAGCGCGGUUCCUUCCGAGAACUUCUUCGAGGUUUUUUUGGCCAAUUUUGGGCGUCGUCGUUCUGCUCUGAUCGAAACGUUUCUAGAAUUUUCAAAUAUCCUUUCUCUUUCGUCGGAAAUUUGCGAAGGGGGAUGAGAUUCGAAGGAUGAACGAUGCCGGUACUGCGUAGCGGAGCGCGCAAGGGCCGGGCAGCACCCAAACAGCAACAACAGAAACAGCAGCAGAGUCCUGUGGUGGAAGGGGAGGCUAUUGCGACGAGGACGCGUCGGCGGCGUGCGGCGGCGGCUGCAGCAGCGGCAGUGCCGGAGAGUAACAACAACAACAACAAUACCAAUAACCAGCAGCAACAGGUGGAGCAGGUGGCAGUGGUAAAUGAGAACGUAGCUGUUGCGGCGAGGGAAGAAGAUAAUCGAGUCGCGGAGGAGGAAGGUGUUGUUAGGGGUGGUGGAGCGGAGAGGGAAGAGGUUGCGGAGAAAAAGAUGGGUGGGUGUGACAGUGGGGGACGGAGCAAUGGUAAGGCCAAUGCAGCUGGUGAAGAUGACGCCAAUACCCCUCAGGUUCCUCAGAAGAUUCAAGUAGGUAAUUCUCCUUCCUAUAAAGUAGAAAAAAAACUUGGCAAGGGUGGAUUUGGUCAAGUAUACGUCGGGCGACGUACUGGUGGAAAUUUGAAUGAAAGAACUGGACCUGGAGCUGUAGAGGUUGCAUUAAAACUCGAGCAUAGAACUAGUAAAGGAUGUACCUAUGGACCACCCUAUGAGUGGCAAGUGUACAACACUCUCGGUGGCAGUCACGGUGUACCUCAAGUACACUACAAGGGCAGGCAGGGUGACUAUUAUGUCAUGGUUAUGGAUAUGCUGGGACCUAGCCUCUGGGACGUUUGGAAUAAUAGCAAUCAUCACAUGACCACCGAAAUGGUUGCUUGUAUUGCCAUUGAAGCAAUAUCUAUAUUGGAAAAAAUGCACUCUCGAGGGUAUGUGCAUGGGGAUGUGAAGCCUGAAAAUUUUCUGCUUGGUGCUCCUGGGACACCUGAUGAGAAAAAAUUGUUCCUUGUAGAUCUGGGAUUAGCUACUAAGUGGAGGGAUAGUACAACAGGCUCGCAUGUGGAAUAUGACCAAAGGCCUGAUGUUUUCAGGGGCACAGUCCGCUAUGCUAGUGUGCAUGCACAUUUAGGGAGAACUGCAAGCAGGAGGGAUGACUUGGAAUCUCUUGCAUAUACACUGAUUUUUCUUCUUCGAGGUCGCCUUCCAUGGCAGGGGUUCCAGGGAGAAAACAAAGGAUUUCUGGUUUGCAAGAAGAAAAUGGGAACAUCUCCUGAGACCCUAUGCUGCUUUAGUCCCCUCCCUUUUAAGCAGUUUGUUGAACAUGUUGUAAACUUAAAGUUUGAUGAAGAGCCUAAUUAUGCAAAAUACAUUUCUCUAUUUGAUGGGGUUGUGGGUCCUAACCCAGAUAUUAGACCAAUUAAUACAGAAGGGGCACAAAAGCUCAUUGGUCACAAGAGAGGUCGGUUGGUGAUGGAAGAAGAGGAUGAUGAACAGCCCAAAAAGAAGAUUCGUAUUGGUUUGCCAGCAUCCCAGUGGAUAAGUGUUUACAAUGCUCGUAGACCAAUGAAACAAAGAUAUCACUACAAUGUAUCAGAUACAAGGCUAUCCCAGCACAUUGAGAAAGGAAAUGAGGAUGGCUUAUAUAUUAGCAGUGUUGCUUCUUGUCAGAACCUAUGGGCGUUAAUCAUGGAUGCAGGGACAGGUUUCACUGCUCAAGUUUAUGAACUCUCACCCUUCUUUCUCCAUAAGGAAUGGAUCAUGGAGCACUGGGAAAAAAAUUACUAUAUCAGCGCAAUUGCUGGAGCUGUAAACGGUAGCUCGCUAGUAGUAAUGUCUAAGGGCACACAGUAUUUGCAGCAAUCAUACAAAGUUAGUGAUUCAUUUCCUUUUAAGUGGAUUAACAAAAAGUGGAGGGAGGGCUUUUACGUGACUGCAAUGGCCACCUCAGGGUCAAGAUGGGGAGUUGUCAUGUCUCGUGGUGCGGGAUUUUCGGAUCAGGUGGUUGAACUAGAUUUUCUAUAUCCUAGUGAGGGGAUUCACAAGCGUUGGGACUGCGGAUAUCGAAUCACAGCUACUGCUGCAACUUGGGACCAAGCUGCUUUUGUCCUGAGUGUGCCAAGAAGGAAGCCUUUGGAUGAAACUCAGGAAACGCUUAGGACUUCUGCUUUUCCUAGCACACAUGUCAAGGAGAAGUGGGCAAAGAACCUCUACAUUGCUUCCAUUUGCUACGGACGCACAGUUUCUUGACCCCGUAAACGUGGCUGCUGAGAAGCACGAUCCGCCGAAAUAUUUCAAGUCCAGGCCCCAAGAAAUUUUGAUGACAAAAGUUUUAAUAUUUUGUAUGUAGCAGAAUGAAUGUCUAUACUGAAACAAACUAAAAUAACCGAAGUGCCAUUCGUGUGCAAUUUGUUUUAUGUUAAUGAUUAGUUUAAGUUAUACAGACGCACGGGGCUCCUUUUUAAUUUUUUAAUCGCCUCGUUACUUAA